CCCCUCCACCAUCUUGAGAUUAGCGCAUAGUUGAAGCCGUCAAGUAUCAGCUCGUCGUUAUUACAAAAUGAGUGACCAGCUUUGUAAACUCUUCGUCGGUGGCCUCAACGUGGACACUGACGACGAUGGCCUGCGCAAGCACUUCGAGCAGUACGGUACGCUCACCGACUGCGUCGUGGUGGUGAACAAGCAGCUGCAGCGGUCCCGCUGCUUCGGCUUUGUGACCUACUCGUCGCCAGAGGAGGCCGACGCAGCAAUGGCGGCUAGGCCCCACACCGUCGACGGCAACGCGGUCGAGGUGAAACGUGCCGUGGCCCGAGAAGACGCCAACAAGCCGGAGGCACUCGCUAAGGUGAAGAAGAUCUUCGUCGGAGGCCUGAAGGACGACAUCGAAGAGGAACAUCUGAGCGAAUACUUCUCCCAGUACGGUGAGAUCGAGAAGGCCGAAGUCAUCUCGGAGAAGGAGACCGGAAAGAAGAGAGGCUUCGGCUUUGUUUACUUCACCGACCACGAUGCUGCCGACAAAGCGGUUGUGGUCAAAUUCCACACCGUCAAUGGACACAAAGUUGAGGUGAAGAAGGCCCUGACGAAGCAGGAAAUGCAGGCAGCCAACAGAACCGGUAUGGCGCCGAGAGGCAGGCCGGGUAGAGGCAUGAGGGGGAAUCAAAAUGGCUACGGCAGCAGGGACUACGGCGGAAACUACAACUACGGAAAUGGCGGAGGAGGCUACAACUGUGGCGGCUACGGAGGGUACGGCGGACCAUAUGGGGGAGGCUACGGAGACCAGGGAAGUGGCUAUGGAGGUGGAAACGGCUACAAUGAGUUCGGUAGCGGCUAUGGCCAGCAUUCUUCUGGUUACGGCCCCAUGAAAGGGCCACCCUUCGGCGGACAGAGGAGCGCAGCACCCUACACCAGAGGCGGCGGCGGUGGUGGCGGCUACCCCAGGGGGGGCUAUGGCGGCGGUGGCUACUAAAUGAGACUGCACAAUGGGAAAAAUCAACCACCCCCUCCCCCUGCCAUAGAUUACCUCCAGCCGGGAUUCGGACGCUCAACUCAAAUUCAGUAACGGGGCGUCUGCCGUGAAAUCCAACAACGGCAGAGACUCGGACAGAGAUCCCCCUAAUCAUAAUGAAGACCUCAAAAACCCAAACAGGUUGCUACGGUAACCUGGAUAACAUCACCCCGAACACGAUGGGGUGUGUGUCUCCACGCCAUCGGGGGGACCGGAGAGUGGUUGUGCCUUCUCCCCCUCAGGUGAAGUCAGUUUUCACAAAGGAUUCCCCAGUGUGGUGUUACUUCAGGUUUUAUAUAUUAAAGAUGGGUUUUAAUAGUUUUGAUAACACUAUGUCACAGUGCAAUCAUAAGUGCUCUUUCCCCCAGUGACCAGCACUCACCUGUUCCUGAUGAAACGACUAAAAGAUGCUAGUGGCAUCUGACCAUUUUUAUCUCAUUCAUUUGUUUUAUAGAAUAUUUAUAUUAUCUCUUUACACUAUUUAUUCAAGUGCUGAUGAUCCUGGGAGAAAGAGAUUGCACUUGGGCACUGUGGUUUUCAAAAUACAAUAAAUAUUUGAUUUAUUAUA